AAACUAGUCCCUCUCUGUUUUCUUCAGACACCUCUGUUAGUUCCAGCACCGUCUCAAGUCGCCAGAAUUCAAUUUUGUAGUUUUUUUAUUAAUUUUUAUCUUCAAUUUCGGUCAGUAUGAUCGUUUUUUUUUUUUUGCAUUAUAAAAUAAUAAUAAUUAUUUAAUCAACGGCUACAAAUACUCCACCCUCUGCUCUCACUUGCAUUCCAAGAAAAAUGGACACCAUUUCAAGCUCAGCUUCAAUCUCAACUCCACGGUUCCGGUGCUUUGAUCCUUCCAACUCCUAUCAUGCAACAACUGUCAAUCACAGGCCUUAUUUCUUGACCUUCUCCGCAAAUCCUACCACCGCCGGCAUUAGUACCAGAGACUCCUCUUCCAAGGACGCCAUGGGAGAUUCUACAGUAUACGAGCCCAAAAUCAUCACCGGAGACGCUGGCUACGUUCUUGAAGACGUUCCUCACUUGACUGAUCACAUAUCUGAUCUCCCAACAUAUCCCAAUCCAUUACAAGACAAUCCUUCCUAUUCAGUUGUCAAGCAAUAUUUCGUUAACGAGGAUGAUACUGUAGCCCAGAAGAUAGUUGUACAGAAAGACAGUCCAAGGGGAACACACUUUAGACGAGCAGGGCCUCGUCAAAAGGUUUACUUUAAGUCAGAUGAAGUGCACGCAUGUAUUGUAACAUGUGGUGGUCUAUGCCCUGGUUUAAACACAGUGAUUAGAGAGCUAGUGUGUGGCUUGCAUCACAUGUAUGGUGUUAACAAAGUUCUGGGAAUAGAGGGAGGAUACAGAGGCUUCUAUGCUCGGAAUACAGUUCCAUUGUCGCCGAAGGUUGUGAAUGAUAUCCAUAAACGUGGAGGCACUAUACUUGGGACGUCCAGGGGAGGCUAUGAUACCUCUAAGAUAGUUGACAGUAUCCAGGACAGGGGCAUCAAUCAGGUUUAUAUAAUUGGAGGAGAUGGAACUCAGAGAGGGGCUUCGGUGAUUUUUGAGGAAAUUAGAAGACGUGGCCUCAAAGUUGCUGUGGUUGGAAUUCCAAAGACCAUUGACAAUGACAUUCCGGUUAUUGACAAGUCCUUUGGUUUUGAUACUGCUGUCGAGGAGGCUCAACGAGCUAUAAAUGCAGCCCAUGUUGAGGCUGAGAGCGUUGAGAACGGUAUAGGUGUUGUCAAGUUGAUGGGCCGCUACAGUGGAUUUAUAGCAAUGUAUGCUACUCUUGCCAGCCGAGAUGUAGACUGUUGCCUGAUUCCAGAAUCACCCUUUUACCUUGAAGGCCCUGGUGGACUUUUUGAAUUCAUUAGAAAAAGACUAAAAGAACAUGGACACAUGGUUAUUGUAAUUGCUGAAGGUGCAGGACAAGAGCUUCUUUGUGAAAGUAUCCGUGCCAUGGACCAGAAGGAUGCCUCAGGAAACAAGUUACUCCAAGAUGUUGGUCUAUGGAUAUCCCAGAAAAUUAAAGAUCACUUUGCAAGCCAGCAAAAGAUGAAUAUAACUCUCAAAUACAUUGAUCCCACUUACAUGAUCCGUGCUAUUCCAAGCAAUGCGUCUGACAAUGUCUACUGCACUCUACUAGCUCACAGUGCCAUUCAUGGUGCAAUGGCAGGAUAUACAGGGUUCACAGUUGGCCCUGUCAAUGGGAGACAUGCUUAUAUACCGUUCCAUCAAGUGACGGAGAGGCAGAAUAAGGUUGUGAUUACUGAUAGAAUGUGGGCAAGACUUCUGUCUUCAACAAAUCAGCCAAGCUUUGUGGAUCCUAAACAAGUAAUUAAAGAUAUAAACGCCGAUGAAGAACCCCAGAGCGAAUUACUAGAUGGGGAUAAUUGCAUUGAUACACCGACAACCAAGGAAAGAGUCUAGAAAAAUACAUGCAAAAUUCAGUAAAAUUGCAAUGGAGACAACAUACUUCUCCAGCAUCCUUUCCGAAUGCUGGCUUUGGCCAUUUUCUAUCUAGUACACUUUCAGAAGCUCCUAUGGUUUUUGUGCAAGGUGCUGUAAGUUUUCAGCUUCGUUCUUUCUUUUUGUAUUUCCGAGAGAAACAUUUCUGUAUCAGUCCGAGCAUCUGAAACCCUGGAGGUGUGCUCUUAUAAUAUGUCAGCAGCUGUGUAUGAACCAUGAAAGUUGUUAGAUCAGUGGCCAAAACAAGUAGAUUUGUACUGUUAGCUAUUGUAAUAACACAACCUAACAAGUCUCUUAUUCUUAAAAAUGAUACUGCUUUUCUUUUACUCU